CACGGCACUGUCCCGGCCGGCAGAACGAGUUAGUACGCGCGUGAACCGGAAGUUUGAAGCUUUUGCAAUAGUUACUGGCGUGUGUCAUUGUGGUUCUUUGCCGAGUUGUGUCUCUAUGAACCUAACAGACGGCGAGGAAGGGGGUUGGUAGCUUGAGUCGGGAGGUUUAAUCCUAUUUUGAACCGAAGAGAGCUACCUGUCGCGCGCGAGCCUGCAGUCAUGGACGCGGUGGGGAAGCUGCUGAACCAGAGCCAAGGAAGAGACCGGGUGUUCAGAGCAACUCAGUACGCGUGCGCCUUGUCAGUAUAUUUACUCCGAAACAAGAGUCAAAGCAAAGAGUUGGUGGCAAAACUGAAGAGUCUUGAAGCCAACAUGAGUGCCGGUCGAAAACUGUUCAGGCUGGGGAACACAGUAAAUUCCAUUGAGGCUGCUAAGCGAACCGUUGGACUGUCUGACCGGGUGCUGAGCCUGUGCCUGACCACGGCCAACCUCAGCCGCGCCCUCUACUUUCUCUGCGACAACACGCUGUGGGCCCAGAACGUCCGCCUUAUCUCCCACAUCGACAAGGAACGCUGGAGCCUCAACGCCUCUCGCUUCUACCUGGUCUCCCUCGUCAUGAACCUCACCACAGAUUUGUACUUCAUAGUUCAGCUGAUGACUCAGAAAGCCAAGGACAAAGACUUCAGGCGGCAAAUGGAGUCGCAUCUGAGCGAGUGCCCCGAGGUGGCCGAAGUGGUGGUUCCCCGCCUGGACGCCUUGGUCUUUCUGCUUCUGUCCAGCCUGAAAUCUGACCCCACCGUCGCGCUGGACACGCUGAAGAACAUCUGCGAUCUCUUCAUUCCUUUGGACAAGCUGGGCAUUUACAAGUCCAACGCCGGAGUGGUGGGCUUCUGUGGGCUGGUCUCGUCGCUGAUAGGGCUUCUCACCGUCUUGCAACCAAAGUUAAAAAUCAAAACUUGAUCCGCAUUGGUUCUCCUCAGUUGUCUCACCAACCAUCGACCGUGUUGCUUCCCAAUCCUGACUCCCGAGUUCUGGCCGUCGCUCAGGGCUCAGCAUCACUCCACCAAGUCCCUCGACAUCAGACUGUAACUCAAAAAUAAUGGAAAAAACCAUGCAAUAGUGGAGGCAGCAGGAGUCUCCGCCAAACAUCUGGAGGCUUAAAUGUUUGGAAAGGUUUGAAGUUGUUCAUUAAUAUUUCAUUGGAGAUAAAGGGACUCACUGGGAAACUUGUUUUACUUAAAGCCCAUAAGCCUGUCUUAUUUUUGGCUGGAAACAGUGGAGGAAAAGUCAGUUGCAAUUAUUUUGGCAGCAGUCUGGGAUCAUGUGGAGGAACGCCGGCAAAGGUGUUGGGUGUGGUGCUUGCGUGUCCACGUAGGUGCGGAUGACAAUCCUCUGUUUUGUGUCUUUUGUCUCUAUCCCUGGACAGCAGCAGCGUCGCCUCUCGUAUCUCAGGUUAUCUGCGGAAUCUGCUCUAGAUAAGAAUGUGACUCGGACUUCGACCUUUUGGCCGCGAUCAGCCGCUGGAAAUAGAAAACUGGUUUUACACUUACUACGUCACGAACGAGAGGUACAUGAAAUGCUGUGUAAAACUACUGUGACCGUGAUGGAUUCACUGGAAGCGUGUUCGAGUGAAUGCUGCUGUUUUAUAGGGACGUAUGGUUGGAUUUGUUUUGUAUUCAUUCAGAUGUUGGUUCUGUUUGACAUGA